GAGUCUGCUCUCCUAGACUGUGGAAGAUCAGACUCAGCUAGAAGCACCUGCCCACCUGCCAAAGCUGUUGGUCUCACCUGCUCAGAGCCUGUCAGGUUGGUGGGAGGAGCCAGUCGCUGUGCAGGUACACUGGAAGUGAAACAGGGAGAGUGGAGACCAGUGUUUAACCUUCCUGGGACCCUAAAGGAAGCAACUGUAAUCUGUAGAUAUCUAGACUGUGGCUCUGCUGUUUCAAUAAGACCCAUGGAGGUGCCACACAGAUCUGUAUGGUGGAUCCGACAUGACUGUGUUUACUCUGGGUCUGCACUGAGGGAAUGUGCAUCUCCACAUGUCGCUCCCUUCAUCUUGGAGCUCAUCUGCUCAGAGCUGCUGGUUCAACCAGUCAUCUUGGUGACUUCUACCAUGGACGGGGUCUCUGAGGCCCAGCAGCAGAGGUUUUGGGUGCGCCGGGGCUCCAACUUCACCAUCAGCUGCUCCGUCCAGCCUCAGUACCCAGGAGGCUCCUUCCAGCUCACCUUCAGCUCCUCCAACACAACAUACAACUACACACAGCCAGCUGUCAGUCACUCUGCUGACUUCCUGUUUCCUGCUGCAGACCCCGCCCACCAAGGCAGCUACAGCUGUGUUUAUGGCGUCUAUGUUUUUGAUCAUAACUUCUCCUCUAAGAGCCGUCUGCUGUCUCUCACUGUCACAGAUCCAACAGUUCAUAUCAGACUGGUCGUCCUGCCAGUGACUCUGCUGUUGGUUGUCGCUGUCGUCGUUUUCAUCCUGAAGGCCAUCAGGGGGCAGAGGUCAGACCCACAGGAGAACAUUGAGCUGGAUUCUUAUAACCUCGGUGUCUCCAGAGCUGAAGGAGAGCCGGCUGAAGAGGAAGGAGCCCAGGGAGCAGAGUAGGACCUCUAAGGAGCCACAAACCACUGAAGAAGAACAUCAUCAGUCUCAGCCCAGUACAGCGAGGAAUGACGUCCAUAUUGGUCAAGUCCACUGCUUCUGAUUUAGAUCCAGCCAAAACAGGAAGUAAUGAGACCUUUGUUAAGACCAGUAGAAGAAGAGCAGAGAGGAUAUCUGAUUGGACCAUUUGUAACAUUAUUAUCUGUAUAUAGUUAUAUUUUAUCAUCAUUAACUUCUCUCAUGUGAACAGCUGUAACUGUUUUUACUUAAAUAUUUUCAUGAAUCCAGAGUUUUAUGGUCUCAUCUGGAUAAAUGUUGAGUCAAGAAAUCAUUUAAAAAUCCAUCCAUUUGUUUGAUGAGUUUAUAUCUUUUGUCUUCACUGCCUUUAAUAUACUAUAUACUAUUUAUUCAGCUGAAAUGUGUUAUUGCUUUUUUUCAAAAUAUUUGCUUUUUGUAUUAAAGAAACUGAUUAGAGAAAAACUUAUCGAGUGAAAUUAAACGUUUUAUCUUUGUUUUGCUGUUUUCAAGAAAAAAAAUGUUUUACAGAAUUUAAAGCACAUGUGUUUCUGCUGAAUGUUCACUCAGCCCUCAUUUAUUGUAUGUGACAGUCAUGCAAAUAAAUCAAUUUCUAAUGUAUCAAUAACACUUUAACACUUUGCUGGUUUCAUUUUGAAGGUUAGACCCCCAAAAGACAUUAGGAUUUUC